GGUAGAGAGGGAAACAGGAACAGAAAGUGAAGACUUGUCAAGAUGUCUGGGUGAGGGGGACCAGAACAGAGCAGAAGCCAGAUGCCAAAACAGAAACAACAGAAGUUUGAGCAGCUGACUGGAUUAGACAGGAGGGGCGAGCUGACCUGCCACUUCACAUGUGCCUGGAGGACACACCCAAAUUGAACCACAUCGCUACAAAACUGAAGUGAAAGCAGAAGGACAAGAGGACAAGAGGAGACUCUAGAAGACAAGUCAAGCGGUAUAAACAAACUUGGCUGAAGUGCAGAUUUAGUUUUUUUCCUCCUACAUCAAGAUCAUCACAACUGAGCGAUUUCAAAGACAACCUUGUUAUAAACAAAUGAGCUUUUGGUCUUUCGGAUUUGUUUAAAGAAUGCUCUGGCUUUGUAUCCAGCUCACAGGGCACUUCAAGGAAGGAGACACACAUGAAGUCACCCUCCAUGCUUCCAGUAUUUCCAUUUAGCAUAAACAACACAAGCCUGAGCGCAUACACAAGUCUCAUCAGAUAGUGCUGUAAAAGUCACAAAAGCAUCUGACCUGACAGCUGUCGGGUUUUGUUGAGAGUACAACUUCAUAUUUUACAACUUUAAAGCUGGAACCAGAUUGUGCAUAAAGAACCUUCAACUUAAAUUAACACCAUAUCUUAAUUAGCUGGGUGUCUCCAGUUGCCUAAUAUGCACAUUAACUGACUUGCAAACUUCACAAACCUCUAAAGGAUUUAUUAAAACUUUACAACUGCCAGACAGACCCAAUUAAAGAGGAGUCACAGCUCCGCAUCCAAAAGCCAUGGAUGGGAGAACAGACAGCAUACAGGAUUUUAUCAACCAACUUUGGAACUUUGCUACGGACAAACACAACCAGGGGGUGUACAACACAGUGUGCCUGGUGGUCCUCCUAACUCUUCCCCUCCUGGUCCUCCUCACCAUGGUGGUCGUGUGCUGCCACUGCUGCUGCUGUCGCCAUGCCAACAGCUGCUGUUGCUGCUGCUGCAAGGACGCCAUGGCAACCGCAAGGUCAGAAACGAAGAAGAAAAAGAAUUCGACUGAAGAUUUGUGGAUUUCUGUCAAGACGGGGCCGAUGACGCCCGACAGGGUCGCCCUGGCCAUGGUGUAGGAAGCCAUCUUUUAUUUUGGUGCAGUGAUGGAGCGUCUCAAAAGUGUAGAACUCAAAUCAGCUUGGACUCAAUAGACCUUGUUCAGACUAAGGGGAAGGAACUUGCAUUGCAAUGGACACAGAUUUAGUUGAACUGUGUAAAAACUGUACAGAGUUGUGUCAUUUUGUAUUCAUAUGAUGUUGUGUGGGGAGGACGGGGUUAGGGUUAGGGGCUGUAUGAGCUUUUAGUGUGUGGUACAUAAAGGAAGAAAUAUGCAGAGGCAUAUAAAUACCUGUGAGUGUGUGUGUGUGUGAGUGUGUGUGUGUGUGUGUGUGUGUGUGUGUGUGUGUGUGUGUGUGUGUGUGUGUGUGUGUGUGUGUGUGUGUGUGUGUGUGUGUGUGUGUGUGUGUGUUAGAGAGAGAGUGUUUGGUUUGUGUGAGAGAAGCACUUUGUUCUUAGAGCUCACAUGUGAAAUUCACUGCGCCUGUAUUUGGGAGAGCUGAUUUUAAAGUCUGCCCAAUGUUCAUAUACUGCCUACUUUUCACAUUCAGUCGGCAAUCUAGAUUCAUUAUUGACUCUCAAUUAAAAAAAAAAAAAUGUUUUAAAGAGCCACCAACGCCCAAAAAGAUGAACUCAAAUAUAUAAACUAUAACUUCUCUUAUUCA